CUUCAUCACUUAUUCUUCCCAUGUUGUGAUUCCGGCACGCCCUUUGUCAGGCUUCAACUUCCCAAUCAGGCACGUAGUUCCGACACAGCGCAGAUAAAUCCCCCGCCGGCUCUCGACGGCAGCCGAACCCCUCGCUCGAUGGAUCACCACGACGACUUCGACAGCGUCUCGUGGCGCCACGAACCCGACAGUGAUGUCUCACGACCUACAACCUCCGGAACGGACGCAGAAGAAGAGCCGCAUGGAUACGGUCAUGAUGUCAAUGGCAAGCGACGAAUGAGCUCCGCCCAAGAGAACACCCAAGCCGGACCAAUGGCCGAUGCCGUGGAUCUCGCUGGGAUCGGAGACGGCGUGCUCGAGUGCCGGGUCGACUCGCCUCUGAAGGAGAAUGACGGCACGAAAGAUGCAUACAUAUCCUACUUGGUCACGACACAGACCGACUUCAAGUCCUUUCAAAAAUCCGAGUUCACCGUACGACGACGAUUCACCGACUUCUACUUCCUCUACAAGACGCUGUACCGCGAGUAUCCCGCGUGCGCGGUCCCGCCGCUGCCGGAUAAGCAUAAGAUGGAGUAUGUCCGAGGCGAUCGGUUUGGGCCGGAGUUCACCACACGCCGCGCGUGGUCUCUACAUCGAUUCCUGAAGCGUCUGACGUUGCACCCGGUGUUGCGUCGGGCGCCGUUGCUGGCGAUCUUCCUGGAGUCGCCCGACUGGAACGCUCACAUGCGGCUGCGCUCGUCUCGCAACUCGACCAGCACGUCCGACGGGAGUGGGGUGCCGGGCCUGUUCGACAACUUCACUGACACGUUCGUCAAUGCGUUCACCAAGGUGCACAAGCCGGAUCGGCGAUUCAUCGAGGUCCGGGAGAAGGCCGAUAAGCUGGACGAGGACUUGAAUCACGUGGAGAAGAUCGUGGCUCGGGUCGCGCGACGGGAGUCGGACCUCGAAGCGGACUACAACGACUUGGCGACGCAGUUCCGGAAGCUGACGCCACUGGAGCCGGAGGUGGAGGUGCCGUUGCAGGUGUUCGCGGCCUCGGUGGAGGAGACCGGCCGUGGCCUGAAGACGCUCAAGGACCACACCGAUCAGAAUUACUUGGGCUCGUUGCGGGAUAUGGAGGCGUACAUUGUGUCGCUCAAGUCCUUGCUUAAGACGCGCGAGCAGAAGCAACUGGACUUCGAGGCCCUGGUGGAUUAUCGGAACAAAGCCGUGGCUGAGCGGGAUUCGCUGGCCUCGAACCCGUCGUCGUACUAUGCUUCGAAUCCGCUGACCUCGUCGCCCGCAUCGUUCAUCCGAUCCAAGAUGGAGGACAUGCGGGGAGUCGACCACGAGCAGUCGCGGCGCGAACGGGUGCGGAAACUGGAGCUUCGGAUCGACGAGUUGACACGGGAGGUGGAAUCGGCCAAGACAACGUCGGAGAUGUUCGACGAGGAGGUGGUGCGCGAGGUGGCCGACUUCGAGCGGAUCAAGGCGGUGGAGUUCAAAGACACCCUGGGGGCUAUGGCGGAGAAGCACAUCGACUUUUACCAGGGCGUGCUGAAUACCUGGGAGCGGUUCGUCGCCGAGAUGGAGGCAGAAGGGGGGUGA